AAGAAGCAUUAGAAUUUUGUUACAAACGUUCAUUACCACUAAAUGAUUUACUUUCUGAUAUAUAUAAUGGUUGUGUUUGGCAUAUAUUUAAAGAUAAUGAUAGAACUACUUUUUUCAGUAGAGUUAUGAUCAAAACUUCAAAAUAUCCUAAUGGUCAACUUUUUCAUGAUGCUUUAAUACUUAUUGCAUGUGAUAUACCAGUGGCUCGUAAAAUAUCAGGAUUUGCAGGACACUCUUCUAAAAAUAG